AGUGCGAGUCGCAAGCAAGUGAAAUCGUGAUUCUAGAGUGAGCGAAUUUGUGCAAGUGCAAAUUUCAACUUCCUAUCAUCAAUCAAGCGCACCGCUAACUAGUAAAUACAACUCCAAAAUGCCACGACGAGGACGUUCCGCAUCUCCGCCACCAGCUGCCCGCAGGGCCCCAAUGGCGGCUGCACCCGCUCCAGCCCCAGUCCAGAAGCAACCCGUCGUCCAGCACGCCGCCCCAUCCGCCGUCGCCCCACCGAUGGCUGCCCCGUCCCAGGGCCCUGGUCUGAUGGCGCAGAUGGCCGCAACAGCCGGUGGAGUUGCUAUUGGCUCGGCAGUGGGCCACACGGUCGGACACGCGCUCACGGGAAUGUUCAGCGGCUCCGACUCGAAGGAAGCGGCUCCGGUGGCGGCAGCCCCGCAGCAGUACGCUCCCGCUCCGGCCCCGGCCGGUGAGACGGGUGCGUGUGCCUGGGAAAUGAAGCAGUUCCUGUCCUGCGCCCAAAACCAAUCCGACCUGACGCUCUGCGAAGGCUUUAACGAGGCACUGCGCCAGUGCAAGAUGCAGCACCACAUGUAGAGACCUGUGACCGCCCUUAGCGAAUAUCCUAAACAUUUUCCCUUCAGAACCGGGCGAAACGAAAAUUAGCAGUAUAUUUGUUCGUAUGGUGGGGUGGGAAAUAUAUUAGUGUGCAGCUUCCAGCGGCCUUUCCCGGUGAAACUUUGCCACAGCUUCCAUGUUGUGCUCGUGAAAACACCAUCGGGCGAGGAACUCUUACCACCUAGGGUCCGUAGGAUAGCUGUAUAGUUUUAUUUGUGAAUAAAAAAGAACCCACCCCCGAAUCGUAGCGGUUUGCAACAUCAAUAGUGACAAAUACGAAAACCUUAUUAGUUAAUGAUUUACGUAUAUGUGCGAAUGGCCUGGAAUUCAGGGUUUACCUAAAAAGGACGAACACGUGGUGCAGCUACCAUCAAACUGGGCAGGCGCACAUCGUUUGUUCCGCUUAGAACCUCACGAAUUGCGCUCUAGCACCGGUAAAUGAACUGGAAACAGUUCGCAAGUGACGUUACUGUUAGUCGAAAUAAAGCUUAAGUUUAUCUGUAUGACAG